GGAGAUGACAGGAGGCGGGUGGCACGGGGAGCCCAUCACAGCAUCUGGGAGGAAGAUACACUACUGGAUUGAAAUCGGACAUCUAAUGUUCGUUGCCUGAACUUUUAUUUUAAGAAACAGGCGCUGGAAGAAACACGCUUGCUUUUUACUACGGGUAGAUUCCCUUAAACAAACAGAGAGCACGGAAGCAGAGCAGAGCCACUACCCGGAAUCACGAGCCCUGACCAGGGGAGACCCACCGAUCCCCACCGUCGAGAUGGCGCCGGCGAGGCCUCUGUCUGUGGAGGACGUGCUGCGUGUCAACGGCAGCCGCCGCUUCGCCGCCGCGAUGGCGACCGCCUCCCCUUUCGCGUCGCUCGCCGACGCCCUCCUCGCCGCCCGCCGCAUCUGGCUUGACGAGGUGGACGUGAACGGAUGGCUCGAGGCCUUCGCCGCGCACCCGGCCAUCGGCACCACCUCCCCCUCCGUCUCCAAGUGGAGCAAGGAGGAGCAAUCAGCAGCGCUCUCCACAACCACGGAUUCAACCGCCCAGGAGUUGGAAGAGUGGAAUGCCAGGUACAGGGAGAAGUUUGGGUUCGUGUUCAUGAUAUGCGCAUCUGGGAGGACUGCACCUGAGGUCUUAGCUGAGCUUAAGAGGCGUUACGCGAAUAGGCCAAUUGUUGAACUUGAAGCUGCAGCACAGGAAGAACUGAAGAUAACUGAACUGCGUCUUGCAAAGCUUUUCUCAUCAGAGCCUACUGUUUCCUUUACUACAAUUGAAGGCCCCACCAUCCAAUCUGAUAAAGCAGCAGAUCGCAUGCGGAUUAUUGGAGCACAUCUUGGAGCUCUCCCCCAGCCUUCUGCCAAUAAAGCUCCUGAAAUUACAGGUAGCUCCAACCGGACUCGGCCGCCCAUUACAACCCAUGUAUUGGAUGUUGCUCGUGGAUCGCCUGCAUCUGGAAUCGAAGUUCACCUGGAGAUGUGGAAGGAUGUUUCAGCUCCUCCGUCAUUCAGCAACAAAUAUCUCAAUGGAUGGGCAACUCUAGGCUCCUCGGUUACAAACAAGGAUGGCCGCAGCGGUCAGGUGAUGGACAUUGUGGACAACGUUGCUCCUGGUUUCUACCGCAUAAGCUUCAAUACCGGCAAGUAUGCACCUGCAGGGUUCUUCCCUUAUGUCAGCAUCAUAUUUGAGAUCAAAGAGAACCAGACGGCCGAGCAUUUCCAUGUUCCCCUCUUGUAUUCCCCUUUCUCGUUCACCACUUACCGUGGUAGCUAAGUUGUCAAUUACGUGUAAUUACCUCAGUUUAUUCAUUAUGGAAAAAAGUUAUCUCAGUUUGUUGGGAUGUUUAAGAACUACUAUGUAAAUUUGACACUUCCGUUAUGAUGAAUAAUUUCGUUCCAUGUACCGCAA